AUGAAUAUAUCUCCUUGUGGUAUUGGUUUGGAGUUUUUUGUGGUGUUAAAUGCAAAGGAAGAUAACAAUGUGGAAUUGAAUGGAGACCAAUGUUUGGUGGAUGAUGAUGGUGGAGUUCUUGAUAUUAUUGGCAGUUGCAAUGGAUUUAUUCCUGAAGGUACAAAAAGAACAUUUUCUCUAAUAGCUCCCAUUAUAAACCCGUAUCAAAGACGAGGAUAUUGCUCCAUCUACGUUGAUUCUAAAUCAUCUCGCAAACAAACAAACAAGAGAGAAAUAGUCAACAUCAAUUUUGAUACAACAGUCAAACAUACAGACCCUAAUAAUCCAAAUCUGAAAGUUUGUAAAGAGAAAGACGAAGACCCUUUAAACAAUUGCGCACCAGUUGACUGUGAUAGUUUUUAUAACGGAAAAAGGUCUUACUACCAUCCAAAAUAUAAACGUUGCAUAGCACAGCCUCAAUGUAUUUCAACAAAAGAAACUCCCGAUGUUAUUUAUAAUCCUAAUUCUAACGAAUGUAUAGAAGAUUCUAUAACACAGGAAGAUAUCGAUUUCAUUAAAGAAAUAGACGCAAAACCAAGGCUUGCGAAAGACGUUCUUAUUUUACAAAAUCUGCAUAAUAAUUCGGAUGUUGUAGAAUCUUAUGUGAAUGCAGAUGAACUUAAAAGGAGAGCUAAGAAUAAAACCAAGACCUUAACAAAAGAGGAAAUACCAGAUGAGUAUUAUAUUAAAGUACUAAUGAAAGACUGCUUUGUGGGUCAUAAAGCACCGUUGUUUAUCUUAAGUCUAGUUAUAUCUAUACAGUGUUGCCUUAUCUGCGUCAUGAUGUACUGUUUGACCAAAACCUGUGGCUGUUUCAAAGAUAAGAAAGUGGUAAGAAAGUUUUUCAACUACCACCAAGACGUAUCAGUCACGACACCACUAAUAAACACUAGUAACAUAGAUACAGAGACGACUGACUAUCAAUUCUUCAGCGAAUCAUCUAAGGUUGAUCAGAAAAUCAAGUGUUACAAGGCCUGUCAGAAAGAGAUAACCAAAAAUGUAAGGCCAAGUAUGUCCGAUGAUAUACUAUCAAAAUGUUUGAAUCGACGAGAUUGGGGCAAGCAUACUAGAUCUGAUAUCAUUCAGGAAAUAAACGAAACCAAUGAUAAAGAAAAAGUAAUAGCCAAUGAUGAUAAAACUGAAGUUAAAGUGAUGUUCGAAGAGAAAGAAGCUAAAAAUUCUACUAAUUCAGAAGUAAAUAAGAAGAAAACGUCAGACAAAAACGUUGAAGCGAACUGGUCGUCUGAACGCGAACUUAAAUGCCAUAGUUACAAUGUAGGUGACUCUAACAUCACAGGCUUUAUAUCCAACCAGCCCAAAACUACACGAUACAUUACCGAACAACCCAGAAAAGGUACAAUAUCUUUGUCAACAGCGAAAGGCGCUCAGGCCUAUUUCUCUAACGAUUCCAUAGACGACUUCCUAUCCGAGCGAGGCAUGAUCUAUUUAGCAGGAGAGAAUGUGUCCAAAUAUACAUUUACAGAUUCUAGUGAAUUAAAACCAUCUAGUUCGUCUGUAUCGAGCAAAACGUCGAAGAACUUUGUGAAACAUGUCCUGUCUUUGAUACAGAAGAAGCCUAGAGGGCAUUCGUCUGAUCCAGGAGGAAAAAAAGAUCCUUUAGAUGUUGAGUUGCUCCACAUGUCAAAGGCUACGGUGUAUUCGUCUAGUGAUGAUUCGGAAUAUAAGAAGAGAUUUAGGAAACAGAAGGAGUCGAAAACAUCGUUGUGAUUUGGUUUAGGUGUAAUAAAGUAUUUUAAUUGUG